ACAGUCAAUACGGCGCCUGCAGCAGCCCUGCCACACCACCACGGUACAUAAUCGGCUUGCGCGCUUUCCGACUACACAUCCAGUCGCCGGCAGACCUGUCGCAGCACCAUUGCGACCGUCCUCGCUCUGCCAUGGCCCACGACCAGGGCAUGUUCUCGGUCCAGCGACCGCGCCAGACAUUAGGCCCCAUGAACAACAACGUCAAUUCCGCGAUCCCAAUGCCCUCGUCCGCGAUGAAGCGCUCAAGCUCUGUCCACCAGAUGCAGGGCUCGCAGUUUGCCGGCGGCAACAACCCCGCGCGCUCGCAGUCAGGAGGGCGCAUGUCGCUCGCGCCGGGGCGACCGAGCCAGCCGCUUUUUGCGCGCUCGUCGUCCGGCACGAACCUCGCCGAGGGCUUUCCGUCGGUCCAGCGCCAGUCGAUGGGUGCGUUUGGCGGCGCCAGCAGCGGGCGAAAGAGCUUUGCGCCGGGCGCCCCUCUCUUCCAGACACCAGCACCGCCGGCUGGGCCAGAUUUUGGGGAGAGCGCACAGCGCCGCAGCAGCGUCUUCAAGGCGCGCGCCUCGUACGCGGGCGGAAGCUCUGGGGUCAAGCAGUCCUUCUUCCAGCAGGCGCCCAUGCCAGCCACGCUUCCUGCCGACCCUCGAAACCUGAAGAACGCCAGCACGCGACAGGCUGUGGCGGCCGAACUGCAUCAGUUCCUCACAAACAACAACUUCGAGAUGGAGUCGAAGCACGUCUUGUCGGCCAAGGCCAUGUCCUCGCCCACGCAAAAGGACUUCAACAACAUGUUCCAGUGGCUGUACAACAAGAUCGACCCCAGCUACAGAUUCUUGAAGUCGAUCGAUCAGGAGGUCCCGGCACUCCUCCAGCAGCUCCGCUAUCCCUUCCAGAAGUCCAUCACGAAAUCACAAAUCGCGGCUGUUGGUGGGAACAACUGGCCGACGUUUCUGGGCCUGCUGCACUGGAUGAUGCAGCUCGUAGUCUUGUGCCAGAGAUACGAGUCGGGCAGCUACGACGACGCUUGUGCCGAAGCUGGCUUCGACGUAUCCGGCGACCGCAUCAUCUUCGAGUUCCUCACAGACGCAUACAGCACAUGGCUAGCAGCCGACGACGAGGAAGACGGAGAGGACGACGAGGAGUCACAAGCCCGCCAUAUGCAGCCCCACAUCCAGAACAUGGCGAACAAGUUUGAGCAGAGGAACGCGCACCAUGCCGAUGAGGUCAAGAUGCUCGAGGCAGAGCACAAACUACUCCAGGAGCAGAUCGACGAGCUCAGCAAGGCCGGCCCCAAGAUUGCAAAGUACGAGGAGCAGAACGAGAUCCUUGGCAAAGACAAGGUCAAGUUCGAGAGCUACAACGCGAGCAUGGAGGCCAAGGUUCAGAAGUACACAGACCGCUGCGACUUCCUAGGGAACAGCAUUGAGGAGCUCGAGGCCGAGCUCGAAGCAGCAGAGAAGGAGCAGGCCGAGCUCCAGGCCAUCAUCGACGGCCGCGGCAUGACCAUCAACGACAUUGACCGCAUGGCCGCGGAAAAGGACCGCCUGGACAACGCGCUACAAAACACCUCGGCACGCCUCGAAGAGUCCAAGAGAAAAGUGGCCGAGAAAGAAGUCGCCGCCUCGAAGAAACUCGACGAGCUCGAGCAAAUCAUCGAGCGCUACAACAACCUGGGCUACCAAAUAGGUGUCAUCCCAUCCACCGCCGUCAACGCAAAGGGCCAGGACUACGAAGUCGUCCUCACCAUCACCGAUGCGCCAAACUUCUCCGGCUCCCAGAUGGGCCAGUCAAGUCAAGAGCCCGCAGACCGCCUGCUCCAGGACCCCAGCACGGGAUACUCGCCCGCACACCUGCUCAACCUCGACCUCAAGGGCACGGUCAAGAGCAACAUCCUCACGCUGCGCAAGGAGAUUGCGGAGCGCCGAAACGCCGCGCUCGAGGCCGACAUGAACAACCACGACCUGCUCGACAAGAUCAAAGAGGCCAUGGACGACAAAGUUGCAGAGGUCGAGGCCCUCGGGCACCGCGUCGCGCAGGCCGAGGAGGAGCUCGAGAAACUCCGCGACAUCACGAAUACGCAGAAGAGCCAGAGCGACGCGCAGAUUGAGCGCAUGGAGAAGGAACUCGGCCGCAUGCGCAGCGGGCUGGGGGAUAGCGUGCAAUUAAUGGUGCAGCGCGAGAUGGCUGUUAAUAUUGAAUUCGAACAACUCCAGCUCCGCGCCAACGCGCUGCGCGAACAACUUCACACCGAGAUCGAGCGCAUGCUCGACGAUAUUGUACGGUUUAAGCUCCACGUCCAGCGCAGUCUGGAGGAGUACGAGCAGUUCAUCGCCGACGAGGUGGAGCGCUCGUGCGAGGAGCAGGAUCUGCUUGCACGCGCCGACGAGGGUGUCCAGGAAGACGAUGACAUGGAUGAUGCGGUAUGAGAUGAGGGGGGUGUGGAUGAAGUUAUGACGGGCGUUGGGAUUGGGUUUUGGGUUUUGAGACGCUUGCUACCCAUGGUAGAUAGACGUCUUGGGUUGUGUGUUGCGGCGUUUGGAGUGGUACGUUUUGAGUCUAGAUACCUCUCUCUGCUUUUUGCAUAAUCGCAUUGCUUCACCACACCAUCCCCGUCUCGCGUCUCGCGCUUAGUUAGAUGGCUUCCGCGCGCUGAACUGCACAACCUCGAAAUACGCAUGCACCCUGCGCUCCUUUAGACCCGUCCGGAACUUGGCAAUAAACACCUGCGCCU